CAACCUCACAAGUUCGCACAAACAACAAAAAACCACCAUUUUCAUCCUCAACAAUUCUCCAUAAAUCAAUGGAAUGAAUUCAAUUAUUCCGAUUCCCUGCCUUUUUCAUGAAUCUCGUAUCGAAAUUCUUCUCGGCAAUUGUUAGAUAAAAUUGCAGAAUUUACUAUCUCGAUAAAUGGGGAAAAAUCAAGCGUACAAAGCGAUGCAAAGAUCUCGGCUCGGCUCGAGCUCCGCCGCGCCGGAUGAGGUCGAAGAUGGCAUGGUGGAUGGUUCAUUUCAUUCACCAGAAUGGCAUGCUGCUCGUUUGGCAAGUCUCAAAACUUCUCAUACAAUUACGUGGGAGGAGUACAAGAAGAAGCAAAAGGAGGAAGAAAUGAGAAGGGGAGAGUUGGAAGCGGAUAAAGACAAGAUGAUGAGAGAGUAUAGGGCUCAGCUAGACGCUGAAAGAUCACGUAAACUUGCACAAGGGAAAAACCACUCCAGCAGCAAAUCUAGGCGUAAAAGGGAUAAGAAGGACAAAGAUUCAAAGAAACACAGCAGCAAGAAGCGAAAGCGUUCGAGGAGAUCUUCGGAUUCCAGUUCAAGCUCGUCAUCAGAAACAUCGAGCAGUGAUGAUGACGAGAGAGAGUCAAAGCGAUCAAAGUCAAGGUCAAGGCGGAGCAAGAAAGAGAAGAAGCGGCGCUCAAGGUCAAAGCACUCGAGCAGUGAAAAUGAGGAAUCCAACGGGCCUUUACCGCUUUCCAGAUUCUUUGGGAGCGUGAAAAGUUGAUCUCAGCUCAACGGUGACAUGUACUAUGCUCUUCCCCUUUAGUAAUUCAGUGUAUACGUCGAAUCUGCUCGAGUUUUGAAACUUAUCGAACGUUGUAAUAUUCCUGGAUUUUGAGCAAAAAGAAAAAUGAAAUUUUUAUUGGAAUUUCAACAA